CGUUAAAGGGCGGGGUCAUAGAUGUAGGUUGGGGUGUGUUCCUGCGACUGCACGGGUCCCAGCGUUUCGCGUUGUUGUUUUUAGUAAUAGUCACGCGCUCUGUCUCGUGCUGCCAUCUCCUGAUCUGUCCUGAGAGCUGCCUCGCCCAUGCAGCAGAAUGGCUCGAGCGGGUCCAACGGUUCUGAUGGCUGCAGCAGGGAGCGCCAGGCUCCGUCCUUCAGCCCCCUGCCCGCCGCUACUACACGGGUAAGACGCUUCAUUCAGGAGAGAAGGACCCUGCCGCUACCCAGAGUGAUGGUGGUAUUCUCGGCCGCAGAAGACACCGAGAAACCGAGCGAUGCCAUGUCCAGCUCGGACUCUACGGAGGAUGAUUUCCGAAAGCCGGCCACCCCUUCACCGAACCUCACCCUGAGCAAGCCGCUCCGCUCCACCCUGGACACACAGGAGCAGGAGUUUCCAGAGGUCAUCUCUCUGAACGUCGGGGGCAUGUAUUUCACCACUCGCUUGUCUACUCUGCGGCGAUACGAGGACACCAUGUUGGCUGCCAUGUUCAGUGGGCGUCACUACAUCCCACAUGAUGCUGAGGGACGCUUCUUCAUUGAUCGGGAUGGAACAUAUUUUGGGGACAUCCUGAACUUCCUUCGAGAAGGCGAGCUUCCUCACAGGGACCGAGUGAGAGCGGUACACAGAGAGGCUCAGUACUAUGCCAUAGGCCCGCUGCUGGACAGCCUGGAGGACAUUCAGCCACUCACAGGAGAGAAAGUCCGACAAGCUUUUCUCGAUCUGCUGCCCUACUACAAAGACAAUCUGGAGCGUAUUGUGGAGAUUGCCAAACUGAGAGCCAUGCAUAAAAAGGCACGGUUUGCUAAGUUGAAGAUCUGUGUCUACAAGGAGGAGAUGCCUAUCACACCAUAUGAGCGUCCUCUUUUUAACUCUCUGCGCUUUGAACGCUCAGACAGUGAGACCAAGCUCUUUGAGCAUCACUGCGAGGUGGAUGUUUCCUUUGGACCUUGGGAGGCAGUGGCAGACGUUUAUGACCUGCUGCACUGCAUCGUCAGUGACCUGGCUGAGCGCGGCAUCACUGCCGAGCAGCAGUGCAUCGGUGUCUGUGACAAGCACCUUAUUAACCAUUACUACUGCAAGAGGCCCAUCUAUGAGUUUAAGAUCACAUGGUGGUGAAGCAGAAGGGAGACGAACAUGGCUGAUUGGACCAAAAAGCAAAAGAUGGAUGUUCCAAUUUUAAUCUAACUCAGCUGAUAUUUGUUUUUGUAUUGAAGUUGGCAAUAUUUUGUGCUGACGCUUAUAUCAUGCUCCAGCAUGUAAGUAUUCAGUUUCCCCAAAAUAUUUGUCUUUCCAAGUUGCAUUAGACAGAGAGUGUUUCUGUUGUGUAGCUGUAGUGAUAUAAAUGGGGUGAACAUAGUAAUAGAAACACCUAUCUGUGUAAUGCAAUACAGUUCAGCAAUGCCAAACUCUUCCAAAAUGACCAUGCAGUUGAAUCAACACCUCUCUAAAACAGUUUCAACAAAAAUGGAACAUUAUCAACUUCAUGAAAGGAUGAUUUUUUUUUUUUUUUGCAUAUGACAGUUGAGCUGCAUUUCCACAGUUAGAACCUAACGAGCAGUACAUCUCGUGCUCCUCUUAACUGUCACCUGAUAUAACCUCACGAACUGAUGCAGACCAUUCUGCUUUGCUUUUCCACUGUUUUCCCCCGUGUCUCUUUGUUUAAACAAGGGCUGGACUGCGGUCCUCACACACACACACACACACACACACAGCUGAGCAUCACAGUGCUCCUUAGUGCAACAAACUCUGCUGCUAAUGAGACUGUAUGAGCAAUAUUACAAACAGCUUUUGAACAAGCAGAGCACAAACGUCUUCACCGCUUUUCCCGCAGUCCACACCCUGAAGUCCCCUUUUACCUGUAAACCAAUAGUUCUCGAUCAUUUUACCUCUAAACCAGGGAAUGUGUGUUUACGCACAGUGCUUGUAAUGCUAAUAGCUCUUUAAGAUGUGAAGAUGCUGAUAUUUAACCAAUCACAGUUCUGUGUGCUCCCACCGCCUCCCCCCCCUCAUGAUCCUGGAUCUACAUCCUUAGGAGUGCCAAAAUUUAGCUCCUGAAAUGCACCUCCAAAGUGGGCGGAGGGCAGUGGAAACAAGUGCAGAACCCGGGCCGAGCGUGACACAACUCAUCACGUUUUGGUAGGUUUCUAUGAUGGAAAAACCCUACCAGGUGUUCUUAAUACACCGGUAACUGGGUGUAAAUACCAAGAUUUCAGUGAAAUCCAGGCCAAUGAAAAAAACACUACUACUACUUUAAAAAAUAACUAAUACCCUUUGAAAAUCCUGUUUUUUUUCUUACCUCCAGUGGUUUAACUUCUCGGCUUCCUGCAGUCUAUAGGCAUACUCUUGGACCUUCUGACAAAGGUGUUGGGUGUGCACACUUAUGACCACACCCAUCACUUAUUAUAGCUAAGAGGUGAAUUAGACUUAAAUUACUACUAUUACGUUACUAUUUAAAGGCACAUUUUAGGUAUAUUUUUAUUUUCCCCACUAGUUCUCACUCUGUUCAGAGACAGUCCUGCUGAUGAACUCCUAGCAGGACUGUGCAACGAGUGCAGAUACUAACGAAGGAUUGACGCUACUGCUGACAUGCCCCUCUCUGUGCAGCCAGUGUAGACAAGGAGUAUAAAUCACAAUCCUGAUAUGAUUGCCAGAUCAGAAGUGGGUGUAAUGACUGUAUAUCCGGUUUAAAAGCCAAUUCUGCCCAUUGGCUGGCAAUAUCCUAAAUGUAUUUGUUAUAUUUUGCAACAUUUAUGUAUUUAUGACAGUCUAACUGUAACUUUGCCCCCUGGGUUGAUAUGUGGUUGGGUUUAGGACUGUCUCACCACAUUUCAGAACUAACAAAGAAAUGACCUUGUAGUAAAUAUUUAAUAUUGUAAGUAAGUAAAUUGUCACGUGUAUUUUUAGGACAGAGUUGUUUCAGAAUACAGGUUAACUUUUAACCUGUUCCUUUGGGAUAAACGGUAUAUUAUAUAUGCUGCAUUUUAAAGAUCCUAGAGAGGUUGGUUGUAUGCACAUUGUCUUACUGACAAAAAUCUUCACAUUUUACAUGGUAUCACCAAGUAACCCAGUAGUAAGAUGUUGAAGGUAACUAAAUCUGUUGCACACUAAGUGGAAAAUGGUCAGUUAAAGGGAGAAUCCUAAAUCUAACAGCUUCAAUAGUUACCUAAUGUCAACACCCAUUCCACUUAUUCAACAUAACAUUCUGUAAGUCUUAAGCUAAUAUAUAGUGUCAAACUAAAGAAAAUUGCUAUCUCCUGCUGUACUUGAUAAUACUUGUGAUCGUAGCAAGAUAUAUUUUUUUACCUUAAGUGAAAAUAUGAUAAAUAAGGUUCUAGGAAUCAACUACAGAAAGCAGCAGCAGCAGCAUUUUUUCAUUAAGCCAACAUGUUUGUUUUGUUGAUGUACUUUUGAUAGAUAAUGCAGGACGGAUUCUUCCUUUGAUUUACACCGUUAUGUUUACAGUGUUUUGAAUGUUUUGUACUAUUUAUUCUUUCUGUUAGCUUCUAGGAAGCUAUAGCUGUAGUCCUGUUUGUGUUUAGUUUUAGUCAACAAGCAAUUUGUGAUUUAU